AUGUCUAUGCGAAACCUGUGCCGGUCAUUCCGGUCAGGGUUAACCUUGGCGACUGCCCCAGGGGCUAUAGCACCACCGCCAGUACCCUUGAACAUUCCUGGAGACAACAAUGUUGUUAAUCAAAUAAAGAUUCUGCCACCUGCCCACACAAAAGUCUAUUGUUUUCCGACACCAGAAAAGGUUGCAAUGGAACUUCCUACACUGAAGACGUUGAUAUUGGAUAAGUCGGAUCCGCAGAGUCUUAAUGUAAGUAUAUAUUUUUUUGUUUAUUCACAUUUUAGUUGCGAAUUGAAGAACCGACCUCCAAUAAAGCUCCGUUGAUUGCUGGACCCCGUAUGUUGACAAUCAGGAGAAAGAAGAUGAAGAAGCACAAGAGACUGAAGAGGUAUCACAGAGACUACUUUAAAUAUCAAACUCAUCACCGAAAGAAGAAGGCCAAAGUAUGUGUUUAAAAAAAUAUUAUACUAUAUAUUUUAGUAGUGAAUUUGUAAACUAGUAUUUUAAAUAACAUUUUUUACUAAUUUCAGGCUGAAGGUUUGUUCCGUCAACGGAUGCACGCUAUUAUAGAUGAGUUAGAGACAUUCGAUCCUCUUGAACAUGUCAAAGAUACGAUUGCUCGUGCUGAACGUACAUGGGAAACGUCGUUGGCAGGUUCCGGAAGAAAGAAGUACCCGCAUUGGUCUCAGUUGAUGUCGUUAGAAGAGUUGUAUGGUCUGCCAAAGAUUACUCGCAUCGACAAGUCAUACGGCCGACCGGCUCCAGAAGACGAGAAGAAGAUCGACCAGUUGAGGAAAGAAUACUUUAGGGAUUAUACGAGGGUGACGGCCAAGAAGGCAGAUUAG